AUGAUGGAAAGGAUAAGAAAAGAGAUGAUCCUGAUGGAGCGGGGGCUGCACGGCCCCGCCGCCGCCGCCGCCGCCAAGAGGUUCUCCGGGCUGUCGGACCCGGCGGGGAGUGCGGUGCUGGAGGCCCUGGAGGGCUCCCCGCACAGCCCCCGCCUGCCCCCCAACUCUCUGCACGGCUCGCUGGGCGACCUGCCGCCCAAGGGCAAAUUCGAGAUCGACGCCUUGUUCAACCUACAGCCCCCGGGCACCGACGGCGCGGUCGGCUCGGACGGCCCCGCGGCCGAGGCCAGGAAGAAGCCCGGCCACUAUCCCGACGGGGCUCCCGAGCCUGACCUGAACGGCGACUUGGAGGUGGGCUGCUCGGCCCUCCGCUCCCCCGCCGGCCUCGGUGCCCCCCAGCUGAAGGAGCCCCCUGGCAAAGGGUAUUCGGAGGGCAGCUCGGCCGCCUCCACCACCACCUCCUCCUCCUCCUCCUCCUCUUCUUCCUCCUCUUCGGGCUCCGGCUUAACCAACCUGCACAGCAGCAGUGCGCUGGGAAACUCGGGCUCUGGAGCCGACCAAGUGAGACGGUACCGCACCGCCUUCACCCGGGAGCAGAUAGCCCGGCUGGAGAAAGAGUUUUACCGGGAGAAUUAUGUGUCCCGACCCCGGAGGUGCGAAUUGGCCGCCGCCCUCAACCUGCCCGAAACCACCAUCAAGGUGUGGUUCCAGAACCGGCGGAUGAAGGACAAGCGGCAGCGGCUGGCCAUGUCGUGGCCGCACCCGGCCGACCCCAGCUUCUACACCUACAUGAUGACGCACGCGGCGGCCACGGGGAGCCUGCCGUACCCUUUCCACUCGCACGUGCCGCUGCACUACUACCCCCACGUCGGGGUGACGACGGCGGCGGCGGCGGCGGCGGCGGCGGCGGCGGCGGCGGCCUCGUCGCCCUUCGCCCCCUCCAUCCGCCCGCUGGACACCUUCCGCGCCCUCUCCCACCCCUACUCCCGCCCGGAGCUGCUCUGCGGCUUCCGCCACCCGGGGCUCUACCAGUCCCCGGCCGCCGCGGCGGGGCUCAACGGGGCGGCGGCCCCCUCGACGGCGGCGGCGGCGGCGGCGGCGGCGGCGGCGGCGCCCCCCAGCGGAGGGUCGACGCCCUGUUCGUGCCUCAGUUGCCAUAGCAACCAGGCGGCGGCGGCGGCGGCGGCGGCGGCGCUGGGGUCGCGGGGAGGCGCCAGCGGCUCGGACUUCACCUGCGCGGCCGCCUCGCAGCGCUCCGAGAGCGGCUUCCUGCCCUACUCGGCCGCCGUGCUGAGCAAGACCGCCGUCAGCCCCCCGGAGCAGAGGGAGGAGGCGCCUCUCACCAGAUAA